AUGAUAUAUUUUCUAGACCCCAUGAAAAUGCUAUAACUCAGAAUCAGAUUUUAAGAAUUAUAUCGAGUGUAAACCAAUAUAGAUUUAUUUAUAUUGAAUUUUUAAGUCUAAUCAAGAGGGUAAGAAUUUAAAUUCUUAAUUUUAGUAAUCUUUAAGAAAUAGAAGAAAAUGAUCUUUGGAAAUAUAUUCUUAAAUCUAUCCCAUAUAAAUUAAAAAUCUCUUAAAUUAGAUAAUAGAAUUACUCUAUUCCAAUACCAUUUGAUCAUAAAUUAUCAAAUGAAAUAACUUUAUAUCCUAUAUUUUAGAAAUCUCUUCUAGAAAAAUUACAUCCUUUAUAAUUAAAUGAUUAAGAAUUUUAAUUAAUGAAGAAACUAUAAAUAUUUGCAGAUGAAUAUCUAUGUUUAAGAUCAAUUAUUGUAAAUUCUAGUUCAAAAUUAGAAUUAACUAUUAUAUUAAAUUCUUUGAGUAAUAGUUUAAAGUAGAAAUAUUAGGAUGCAAUACAUAGUUUAAUUUUAUAUUAUUUUAUCAAUUUUCACUUUGAAUUUGAAUAUAUGUCUUUAUAUAUAGAUAAAAUGAUUCAUUUCAAAGAGAAUUUAAAACAUAAAAGAAUUGCUAUAAUUGGAUAAACAUGGAGGAAUCAUAUAUUAUAUCAAUAUUGUAAGUAAUUACACUUCAAUGUAACUCUUUUUAGAAGUGAAGAUGAACCAAAAUAUUUCUAUUCUCCAACUUAUUUGCAAAAUAAAUUAUGUUUAAAAGUAUUUCAAAAAGAACAAAUACAAUUUCGUGAUUAUAAACCACAUUAUGAUUAAUCAAUGUUCCAAACAUUAGCCAAUAUUUUAGAAAAUCAUGAUGAAGAAUAAGCCUUUAAAAUUAUCAAUUAAGAUAUAGCUUUAUUUUUAACAUAAAAUGCAUUAACUGAAUUUACAACUGUAAAAUAACUUAAAUAACAUCUAAUUAGUAAUUACUUAAAUUAACCAAUAAUAUUUAAUAAUGAAUUUUAAUGGAAAGAAUUUGUAAGAGAUAUUAAAUCUAUUAAAUCAAUUAAGAUUAAAAAUAAAAUAUAAGUUAAAUGUGAUAGUAAAUUAUUUGAUUUUGAUUUUCUCGUCUUUGGAGAUUCUAAUCAAUUUGUUAAUUCAUUAAUAUCUUCAUCAAGUAUUAUUAAAGAUAAUCCUUCAUUUGAUCCUGAAUUCAUUUUAAGAAUCAAACCUUAAUUUUAGGGAUUGAAAUUGCUUUAUAAUACUAAAGCUAUUUGUAAAUUUACAAGUACAUUUUGGCCUUCAAAUUAUAUUAGAUAAGUUAUUUAUGAUAAUAGUUUAAUGAUUAUCUAUGAUUUUUAUUAAGAUUCUCUACUUAUUGAAUUAUAAAAGCCUUAUAAAGAAGUUGUUAAGAAAUUUGAUUAUCAUAAAAGAGAGAUUAUCAAAAUUCUUUAAGAAACUUUUAAAGAUGAAAUUAAUAGGGAUAAUACAAGAUCUAUUGAAUUAUUUCCUUGUGAUUACUUUAUAUAAAGUGAUUUUAAAUCUAACAAGGUUUUUAAAGAUUCUAAUAUUUAUUUUAAUUUACCAUUUAUACAAGGAAAUGGUAUAAAUCUUCUAACUUAAUCAUUAUAAAAUGCUUAAUUGAUAAUAUAAGAUAUUUAUUAUUCUUCAGAAAAUACAGAUUAUUGUAAAAUGAAAAUUUAAGAAGAUAAUAGUAUAUUGAGCACAUUUGGAUUGAAUAUUAAUUUAAAUGGAAUGAUAUGUCCAUAUGAAUUUAAGAAAUAUAAUUAUAUAUUAGCUUAAGGUAAUAAAAAUAAUAUACAUUUUUAAUCAUUAAUAUUCUACUAAAGUAAAUUAACAGAUGAAUUUAUUCAUUAUUUAUUUACAAUAAUAGAAGAUAAUCUAUAAAGAAAGAUUUAUGUUUUAGUUGCAGAAGAUGAUUAGAAAAAUAUUAUUAUGGAAAGAUCACUUAAUAAAUUAUACAAUUAUCUAUUUAAUACAGAUAAUUCAUCAUAAGAAGAAAUUAAUUUAUAUCAUUAUGUUAAUCCAAGAUUUAAAUUUCCCAAUAUAUAUCCAGAGUUAUUAUUAUAAGGUACUAUUGAUAAUUAUGCAACAAAUGAGAUGAUUCAUAAAAUUGCAAAAUGUUGUAUGGGUUCAUUAUUUAUUGGUUUAGAACAUCCAUCAAUUAUUUUAUUAAGAAGAGCUAUGAAAUAUUAACAUGUCAAAUUUCCUUAAUAUUUUCUCAAUAUUAUAAAUAAACCAAUAAUUACAGGAAAAUUUGAAUUAAAGAUUCAAUUAGAUGAUGGCUGUUUAAAGAUCACAAGAAGGUAAUUACUAAUUUUGAUAUUUUUAGAUUUUUGAGUACUUAAAGAAAUGAAUAUUAGAUUUAUCAUAUAGAUAUUAAUAAAAAUUAUGAAAUAUUUGUUUCUGAAUUUGAUAUGAUUGAAAAAAAUGUUAAAGAAAUAUGGGAUCAUAUGUAUUAUUGUUUUUUAGAUAAAUAUAAUAUGUAAUUUUACUAUUUAAUAUAUAAAUAGGAAAUAAUUUUAUUAUGAGAUGCUUGAAUUUAUUGAAGGAGAACAAAAAAUUAUUAAUUAAUUUAAAGAUUGGAAUAAAAUAAUCUAAUCAACAGAAUAAUAGAGAACCUUUUAACCAUAAAGAAUGUAAAUAACAUAAUCUGAUCUAUUAUACUCUACAAUGAAAUAGGAUGAUACAUUUGAAAUUGUUAAUGGAAAACUAUACUUUUGUUAAAAAGGAAAUCUUUUAACAUUAAAAGGAUUUUGA